AUGAAGAACCUGAAAACGAACGAAGAUUUACCAGAGACCAACGAAAAUGUUAAAAGAUUAAAAGUAUCAAAUGAAGAUUCUUUUAAUCAAUCUCCUUCAACAAAAUCAAUAUCACCUAUAGCUGAACCUCUUAAUGAUAUGAGCAUUAGCUCCACGUCUUCUCCUGCACCUGAAUCGACACCACAAUCAUUUGUGGAAAAAAUUAUAAAACCUGCGCCAGCUCCACCACCUCCAAUGCUUGCUGGAUGUCGUAGUGUUGAUAAUUAUGAAAAAUUAAAUAGGAUUGAGGAAGGUGCUUAUGGAGUAGUUUUUCGUGCUAGAGAUAAAACUACAGGUGAGGUUGUGGCUUUAAAAAAACUCAAAUUAGAUAAAGAAAAAAAUGGAUUUCCCAUCACAUCUUUACGUGAAGUUCAUACAUUACUUUUGGCCAAGCAUCCAAAUAUUGUAAACGUGAGGGAAAUUGUGGUUGGUGAAACAUUGACACAGAUUUUUAUAGUAAUGGAUUUCAUAGAACAUGAUCUUAAAAGUCUUAUGGAGGAUAUGCAAGUUCCUUUUUUACAAUCAGAAGUCAAAACAAUAAUGCUUCAACUUUUAUCGGCUGUUGCGAUGUUGCACGAUAAUUGGAUCAUUCAUCGUGAUUUGAAGACUUCUAAUCUUUUGCUUAAUAAUCGAGGUCAAAUAAAAGUCGCAGACUUCGGUUUGGCUAGAAAGUAUGGUAGUCCAUUAGGUCCAAUGACUGAACUUGUCGUUACUCUCUGGUAUCGAGCUCCUGAGUUGUUAUUGGGCACAAAGAAAUAUUCUACAGCCGUAGACAUGUGGUCUGUUGGUUGUAUAUUUGGAGAAUUGGUAAAUAAAGAACCAUUGCUGCCAGGACGGACCGAGAUCGACCAAUUAACCAAGGUUUUUAAAUUAUUGGGUAUGCCCAAUGAAAAAAUAUGGUCUGGGUUUUCAAAGUUACCUCAUGCCAAAAAUAUUCCCUUUAUAAAGCAACCACACAAUACGCUACGUAGUCGAUUUCCAUACUUGACGGAGAAUGGUUUUGAUUUAAUGGCGAAACUGUUGACUUAUGAUCCAUCAAAAAGAAUAACUGCUGAAGAGGCUUUAAAACAUCCGUAUUUCACAGAAAGUCCCUUACCAAAAGAUCCUGAAAUGUUUCCAACUUGGCCAUCAAAGGGCGGUGGUGAGAGACGUAAAUCUUAUACAAGCCCAUCAGCUCCUAACGUUGCACACGGUGUUGAAAAAUUAGAUGAAGAAGAUCAAACGUUAUUAGGAUCUAUCUUUGAGAAUCAAGGAGGAAAUGAUUAUGGUUUUAGGCUCAAGAUUUAA